CCUUUUUUCCUCUCGGUUCGGUAUGAAGGAAUCCCCACGGCUCCGCUCGUGGCUGUGGGAGGGGAGGAGAGGCCUCGCUGGGGCAGCUGCGGGAAGGCAGACCUGCCCAGAGCCGAUGCUGUCGUUCCUCUCGCGAUGGUGCUGUUGUAAUGGCUUCCAGAUGGGCCUGGUGUGGAUAUUAUGGGGAUUUGGAUACUCUGCCAGACUACUGAAAACUAAUCAUUAUAGGCCAGCUGCAUCAAAUACAUCAUCUCCAGCAGCUUGGAUGCUAUUGGCACAGCGUUCUGGCAGAAUACCUGCACUCUUUGCAGUAGAUCAGAAGAGGAGAAUUUUCACAAUGCCUGAAACAGUGCAGGGUGACACGAAGCCAGGACUGUACUCGCCGCAUCCUCAAGUGCGUGGGAUGACGCUGCUCGACAGAGAGGCUUUUAAAAGGACAGUCGUCGUUCCAGCUCUUAAAGUCAAGAAGGAAAUUGUCCAUACUUUGCUGAAGUCCCUAAAACAGACGGUACUGCAGCGACCCGGGCUGAAACGAGUGGUUGAGGAUCCAGAAGAUGAGGACAGCAAACUCGUUAUAUUGGAUCCUCAUAAAGUGCCGGAAUUCUCAUUGGGAGAGUCAGAGAAAGAGGUAUUAAAACAGCUUCACAUUAGUCCUGAGGUGUCCAAGUACAAUUUGGAGCUGACUUACGAGAACUUCAAGUCAGAGGAGAUCCUACGAGCGGUCCUUCCUGAAGGCCAAGAUGUCACCUCUGGCUUUAGCCGUGUUGGUCACAUCGCUCAUGUGAAUCUUAGGGACCAUCAGCUCCCUUACAGACAUUUGAUCGGCCAGGUUAUAGUUGACAAGAAUCCAGGCAUCACCUGUGUGGUGAAUAAAACCAAUAUUAUUGACAGCACAUACAGAAAUUUCCAAAUGGAAGUGCUUGCAGGAGAGAGCAACCUGGUAACCAAGGUCAAAGAAAAUAACUUCACAUAUGAGCUGGACUUUGCUAAAGUCUACUGGAACCCCCGUCUUUCCACAGAACACGGCCGUAUCGUUGAGCUCUUACAGCCUGGCGAUGUCCUUUUUGAUGUCUUUGCUGGGAUCGGACCUUUUGCUAUUCCAGCAGCAAAGAAGAGGUGUGCUGUAUUUGCAAAUGAUCUCAACCCAGAAUCCUACAACUGGCUGCUGCACAACUGCAAGCUAAACAAAGUAGACAACAGAAUAAAAGCAUUCAACAUGGAUGGCAGGGACUUCCUCCUGGGGCCGGUGAGAGAAGAGCUAAGGAAAGAGCUCCCACUUGUAAAAGAGCAGAAAACAGCUUUUCACAUCGUCAUGAACUUGCCAGCUUUGGCUAUUGAAUUUCUGGAUGCUUUCAGGCAUCUCUUAGUCGCAGAGCCCUGCAGUGCUGCUGUCCUCCCCACCGUGCACUGCUAUGGUUUCUCCAAACAUGAAAAUCCAACCAAAGACAUCCAGGAACGGGCUGAGGCAGCGCUGGGAGCCUCCCUGGAGGGCCGCUGCUCUACUUACCUGGUUAGAAACGUUGCUCCAAACAAGGAGAUGCUGUGCAUAACUUUCCAGAUCCCAGUGGACGUGCUGUACAAGAGGCCCUGCCCUGCUGGAGAAAAACCAGCCCCUAAGCGCCUGCGUGCCUGCAAGGAUUCCACUGGAGAAGACAUAGAGAGCUGAAAACCAGAGCUCUGGUCAUGACCUGAUCAGUUUGCAUAAGGUGUGCUUAGGUUACCUCUAGUCCUUCCCUUCAGUUGUUACCCAUCUCAGGCACACAGUGUGCUGCAACCUUCCUUUCUGAGCACUGCUUCCUGCAUUCAUUUUUUUUUAAUUGUGGGAUCAAUUUCCAGAUUCAUACUGUUCUUCUUACUGCAAGAAAUAAAACUUCACUGUUUUUGUACAAAAAUGUGUUGUCAUACUCUGCUAUUUCACACCCUGUCAUGAUUCGGUGACGCAGACUGGGGCAGUUCUCUGCUGCAGUGUUACUUUAGUACAGUUUGCAGUGAGAACACAUUUGUGUAUGUUGUAGGACCUAGCAGGAUGAUUUGUGUAACCCCUCAUCUACAGCACAGGCCGGGAUUCUCUUUGAUAAAUGGUCUGUAGGAAUAUUGGAUUACUCUUAGCAUACGCACAGACAGCUCUGCUGUAAGCAAGGCAGCCCUUCAGAGGCUGACCUAAGGAACAGAGAGGCAGCAGUAGCCAUGUAUAGCUCCUGGGCUUUUGGAGUCAUAAAUGCUUUUUACCACUAGGAGAUUGUUGGGGUUAGGAGCUACUCUGAUGCCACCAGCACACUUGUACACGUUGCCUUAGAGCAGCAGACUGGAAACCUGUACGGAGCUGAUGGGUCCUCCUCUCACCGUGAGCCUUCCUCCUCUCUGUUUGUGCUUUCUCCAAGCUGUCCCCCUACCUCUGAUGCAGCCUCUGGAUGAUCUCUGACUGGCUGCUGGUAUUCUGCAGGGAUUCAAAAAAGCAUUGCCCUUAAUUUCCUUUUCUUCCUUAUCCAAACUAUUGUUGGGCAACGUCAACCACAGACAAUUUACUUGGGCAGAGAACUCGCAUCACGCUCUCGGUUUCAGAUACUUUCCUUCAGCCCAAGCUCACUCAUAGCAACCCUUGCUAGAUGU